AUGGCUUCUUCUUCUUCCAAGAGCUCUUUGCGCCGUAGUCAUGGCGACUCAUCCGGAGCCUCGUCUGGACAUUCGCAUCCACGAUCAGCGACACAAUCUCGCCUUUCCACCUCGCCCUCCAUCGAUAUCGACACUCUCGUUAACCACCUCCUCGUCGCGAAACGAUCGCUUUCUUCCAUGACUCUUGUUCUCCGUGCGAACGAGAUCGCGAAUGAUGCUAGGCAGUCACAUGAUGAUGUAUCCAUCCUAGCUGCGCAGGCGGGCUUCUUACGAACUUCUAUACUGGACCAGACGGCGAUUCUUGUGAGGACUAGGAGGAGCUUGCAGAGCACGUAUGAGUGGGGGAAGAAGGACUUUCGAAAGCUGGUCAAGUCGAUGGACUUGGUUGACGGGCAGCUUGAUCAUACUAUGGAGAUGCUGCGCGAGACUGGGGUUGAGGGUGUUUUCAGACCGAAGGGUGAAGAGAGACGAAGUCUUCUGGAUUUUAUCGAUGAAGGAGGUGUGGAUGGCGUGCGCGAGGCGAUGAAGCAAAGCAUCCAGGAGCUACAGGCUAUUCAGCAAUCUUUUGACGGAGAUUUACUCCGUUUCGAUAACGACAUCCGGGAAUCUGAAGAAAGUAGUCGCCGAUACGCCCAGCAUACAAGAUAUACCCCAGGGACAAUAAUCCAUCGGCCGGCGAGAUCCUCGAGAGUCUAG